CUAACUUUAUCUGCCCAGGACUUUGUAUGACAUGGAUUCUGAAUCCUCUCAACAUGAAUGUCUUGUAACAAAUGAGUUAUCUAGAAAGCCAGACAAUAACAAAGGACAAAAUGGUGAUGAAGACAUAGUUUCAGAAAUCAUGGGGAGAUGUUUCUAUCCUUCACUGAUAACUAUCCAAACCUGGGAAGAAUUCAGUUUUGCUGGCCACAGGAUCAAGAUUACGGAAGCUACGGACAGUUAUGGAGCUGUGGUUUGGCCUUCGGCUCUUGUUCUGUGCUAUUUUUUGGAAACAAAUGUGAAGCUUUAUGACAUGGUUGACAAAAAUGUUAUUGAAAUUGGAGCUGGAACAGGCCUCGUUUCUAUAGUAGCCAGCUUGCUAGGGGCUCAUGUGAUUUCCACUGACCUGCCUGAAAUGUUAGGAAACCUGCAGUACAAUGUUCUCAGAAACACAAAACUGAAAUGCAAACACAAGCCCCAGGUGAAAGAAUUGGUCUGGGGGAUGGACCUGCAGAAGAAUUUCCCCAGGUCUUCAUCUCAGUUUGACUACAUACUGGCUGCUGAUGUUGUAUACCACCACCCUUACCUGGAGGAGCUGCUUCUAACCUUUGAUCAUUUGUGUAUGGAUAACACCACCAUCAUCUGGGCCAUGAAAUUCAGACUGGAAAAUGAAAACCAGUUUGUGGACCAAUUCAAAAAACGGUUCCAUCUUGAAAUGAUUUCUGAUUUCCCUAGUUUAAAUAUAACCCUGUUUAAAGCAAAGAGGAGGGCAAAAUGGACUCCAAUGACUGCAUCCUGAGUGUUGGUUGUUAAAUGCCCAAUAAUCAUCCAGUGUAAUCUUUUGCUUGAUUUUCCAGUUCUGAAUGUGCAGGAUUGCUGGAAUACUCAAAUGUUUUAUUUCUUAUCAACAUUUCAGUUCAGCAACAGAUUCAGGUUACCGCAAUGAUUAUUAUAAGAUUUAGAUUCACUUGCAUGCUUUUGUAUGAACA